CCGGCGGUGGCGGCGGCGCGGGGGUCGUAGAUCAGAAGUAGCGGCCGCGGUUUUUCUUGAUUCUGGGGAAGAUUUGUGAGAGGAUGGCUGAUCUUGCCAACAUGUUUGCUGCCCUUGACCUGGAUGACGAGGGCGAUGGAGAGGAACUGGAACAACCAACGUCCAGCAAGCCAGCAGCAGCAGCUGCUGCUUCUGCCAAGAAAAUUGAUGGUGGCAUGGAGAAACGCAAAAUGAUUGUGAAUUAUGAUGGCGAAAAUCUUAGUUCAUUGCCGGGUGAAUACAAGAUGCCAUUGGUGUGGAUAGACUUGGAAAUGACUGGUUUGGAUAUCAGAAAAGACCGCAUACUGGAGAUUGCUUGCAUUAUAACAGAUGGUAAACUUACCAAACGAAUAGAGGGUCCUGAUUUGGUUAUAAGACAAAGCAAGGAAUGCGUAGAUAACAUGAAUGAAUGGUGUAAAAUCCAUCAUGGUGCCAGUGGACUGACAGAACAAGUACUGCUGAGUGACAUUUCUGAGCAUGAUGCAGAGAAACAGGUGUUAGACUUUAUUAGGAGGCAUAUUGGUUCGGCAACUCCAUUGAUAGCUGGGAAUUCUAUCUAUACAGAUUUACUAUUUUUGAAGGAGUAUAUGCCAGAGCUUGCAGGUAUAUUCCCUCAUGUGAUAGUUGAUGUGAGCAGCAUAAUGGCUUUGUGCAUCCGCUGGUUCCCCAAGGAAAGGAAGCAAACUCCAAGAAAGCAGAAAAACCAUAGGGCAAUGGACGACAUCAGAGAGAGCAUUAAGGAGUUGCAGUUCUACAAGGAUAACAUCUUCAAAUCACGUCAGUCUAAGCACUAGCCCUGUAACCCCUGUUGGACUUACUAGCUCUCUUGAUUGUUUGGCUGAAAACGUUUCCUGGUAUAUGAUCCUUUCGUGAUUUGGUAAUGCUUAAAUGCUCACGUGCUUUUGGAGUAACGCCAAGAUUGUAUUCACAUAUAUUAUGACACCCUUGUGAGGUUAAUUCUGCUUUUUUU